UUAAUUUAGCUAUCGAACCUUUAUUACUUAUAAUCAAGCAAUGCAUCUAUUUAAAUAGGGGAAAUGAUUUAGUAGAGAAAUAACGAAUAGAAGUUUUAGCAAAUUAGAACGGAAGCGAGAAAAAUUAUAAAUUUUAAAAGUUUUAUCAUAUUUUUAACGCUUUUUUGAAGAUUAAAAAACCCGUAUUAAAAAUUCUUAUAUCUGUUCAAAAAUCAAAUCGGAAUUUAAAAAAUUAUUAAAUACGUAAAAAUAAGUACCAUUAAAUGAAAUAAAUAAUUGAAAGUUAAAGAUAAGAAGUGAUAUUAUUAUAAUAUUAUAACAAUAUCAUUUAACAUAAUUCAUUUCCUUUUUCCUGCACUUUACAUUGUUUUUCGUUUUGAACGGGAAACAUCCAGUAAACACUCGGGGCAAAAAGUUAAUUAAGUUUAUCAUUUUAAACAAUAAUAAUUAAACAAGUUUAAAGGGAAAACAUAACUGCCUGAUAAUUAAAUAGUUUCGAAUAGAUCGAGGAUAUAAAAUCAAUAGAAAUCUCAUGAAAACUAAUUAGAAUCAAAAGUUUCAACUGUGUGAAUAUCGAAAAUUUUGGAAACUUCGUUGAAAUGCAUAUGAGACUUUCAAAAGAGCUAUGAACCCCCUUGUCUUUUGAAAAUGUGAGAUCUAUAGAAAGAAAAAAAAUUUGUCGUCGCAAAAAAAAUAUUCUUAAAAGUUAUUAAUUCCUUUAAAAAAUAUUUGAAUAGAGGUGUUAAAGUGUAAAGAAUUCGUAAUGCAAGAAGAAAAUGAAAGUAGAGUGAAGAAAGUGAAUAAAAAAGUAUCAAAUGCAAAAAUGUCUAAAAAUCAAAAAGCACCACAAAAUCAACAAAAUAUUAGUGAAUCACCACAAAAUGUACGUUUGGAUACAUCAGAAAGUGACGAGGAAUCUGUUUCAGAGAUUCUGCUGGCAUGUCUUUGUUUAAGGCCAGGUCUUUUGGAAUCAUUUCCACAAGACAAUGAUGAUAUAUCAACUGAAGAAUUUCCCGAAGACGAAGAGUCCUGCGAAUCAGAAAACGAUCAAGAGGAGGAUGUGUCAGACGAGGAUUCUGAAGAGGAAAACACAGACGAUGAUUCAGAUGCCACUGCGGAUGAAGCUCAUCAAAGUGGACCUGCUAAAAAAUUUCUUUUAAAUAUAGAUGACGACCAGCAAAUGUCAAAACAAACGAGAAUAGAAUCAAUAUUAGAAGCUGCUGCGGCUAGUAAAGAUAAACGAGGAAAUCCAGUUCUUAGAAAUGCUACAGCUGCUCUAGACGAAGCUGCUCAAACAAUUACAAGAAUGAGAAGUGACGCAAGUCCACGUGAUAAAAAUCUCUUGUCUAGAACGCUUAUAGCGGCUUGUACAGAUAAUGACGUUAAUGCAGUUAGAAGAUUGCUGGUAGAGGGAAAUAAUCUUAAUGACACAGAUGAUGGAGAUUCUCUUCUUUCAUUAGCAUGUUCAGCUGGUUAUUAUGAACUAGCACAAGUUUUAUUAGCAAUGUCUGCACAAGUAGAAGAUCGCGGACAGAAAAAUGACUGUACACCAUUAAUGGAAGCUGCUUCUGCUGGUCAUGUGGAAAUUAUUGAGCUUUUAAUACGACAUGGUGCAGAUGUUAAUGCACAAUCAUCUACCGGCAACACACCAUUAAUGUAUGCAUGCGCGGGUGGUCAUGUGGAAGCUGUAAAAGUUCUUCUUGCACAUGGUGCUAAUGUUGAAGAUCAUAAUGAGAAUGGACACACACCAUUAAUGGAAUCUGCAUCUGCUGGACAUGUAGAAGUUGCAAAGAUCCUUCUUGAUCAUGGAGCAGGAAUAAACACCCAUUCAAAUGAAUUUAAAGAGAGUGCACUCACUCUUGCAUGUUACAAGGGACAUUUGGAUAUGGUGCGAUUUUUACUUGAAGCAGGUGCUGAUCAAGAACAUAAGACCGACGAAAUGCAUACAGCACUAAUGGAGGCAUCUAUGGAUGGACAUGUUGAAGUUGCUCGUUUAUUACUCGAUUCUGGAGCACAGGUUAAUAUGCCAACAGAUUCGUUUGAAUCACCAUUAACAUUAGCUGCAUGUGGAGGUCAUGUUGAUCUCGCUAUGCUCUUAAUUGAGCGUGGAGCAAACAUAGAGGAAGUUAAUGAUGAAGGCUAUACGCCGUUAAUGGAAGCAGCGAGAGAGGGUCAUGAAGAAAUGGUUUCUUUACUUUUAACACAAGGUGCUAAUAUAAAUGCACAAACUGAAGAGACACAAGAAACAGCCCUCACACUUGCCUGCUGUGGUGGAUUCCUUGAAGUAGCAGACUAUUUAAUAAAGCAUGGUGCUGAUAUAGAAUUAGGAGCAAGUACACCUUUAAUGGAAGCCGCACAAGAGGGACAUUUGGAGCUUGUUAAAUUUCUGUUAGAAAAUAGAGCCGAUGUUCAUGCGCAAACACAAACAGGCGAUACAGCUCUAACAUAUGCUUGUGAAAAUGGUCAUACAGAUGUUGCAGAAAUCCUGUUACAUUACGGUGCUGAGUUGGAGCAUUUAAGCGAAGGUGGACGAACUCCAUUAAUGAAAGCUUGCCGAGCGGGUCAUAUCUGCACAGUCAAGUUUUUAAUUCAAAAAGGAGCUGAUGUUAAUCGCCAAACAACUAAUAAUGAUCAUACUCCAUUAUCGCUUGCAUGUGCAGGAGGCCAUCAGCAAGUUGUUGAACUAUUAUUGGCACAUGGUGCUGAUCCUUAUCAUAAAUUAAAGGAUAAUAGUACAAUGCUGAUUGAAGCUGCAAAGGGUGGACAUACAGGUGUUGUACAACUCCUCCUUGACUAUCCAACUUCAAUUCCUCCGCCUCAACAACAGUCUGUUUAUAUUCCUGCAACUAUGCCACAUCAGACAUCGCAAAUGAAUAUAACACAAAUUAAACAACAACAGUUGAAGAUACUUCAGCAACAGCAGCAGCAACAACAACAACAGCAAUUUAUGGUUACUCCACCAGGCCUUCAUGAAGUUACUGAAGUUAUUCGCCUCCAAGAUCCACCUGGAAUGUUCCAGUCACAAACAGAAAUGAUUCAAAAUCAAAAUUAUAUUAUUGAUCAAAAUUUAAUGUCUCAAGUGUCUGAUUCCUCCAUGUUAUCUCAAAUGAAACUUCUUCAGUCAACGGGAUUUAAGGAUGGACUUGCGUAUGGAUUAACAAAGGGACAAAAUGCUGUAUCCUCAAUUAUAAAUCAACAAAACGGAAAUAAUAUUAAUGUAGUAACAUGUAAUAAUCAACAACCUCCAUUAAUCACUAAUAACUUGUGCAUGUCGUCAUCGUCUUCUGCGUCGUCUUCAACUAACAAACAGAAAAAUAUUUCUCGUAAAAAGUGUUCUUCUGGAUCAUACAAUGAUAUGCAACCUACAGGAACAGUUGAAGUUAGGAGUACUACUAACGAAGAAGAAAAUGUUUCUUACAUCAAAAGUAGCUUGGAUAAGAACAUCCAGUUCAUUCAUGAUUCGGGACCUCCAUCAACUCUUUUACCAUCAGGAACUUAUGUCGAUAUAACAACAGCUGCCCAAGGCAAAAACAUUAACUUAACAUCAAAUAAUCAACUUCAAAAUACUUCAACGACAAUUAAUAAACCAACACAAUUAGCAACUAAAUCCGAGGUUUCACAAGCAACUGCCAUUAGCGAUCGUCCUAAGGUAAAAGCGAAAAAUUCCCGCAAGAGUCAACAACAACAGCAGCAACAAAAUCAACAAUCUCAAAGUGGAAAAUUAGCUACAACACUCACUGCAUCUAAGAUUGAACAAGAUAUAGCUGACCAAGUUAAUUUGAAAUCUAAUGCAACUAUAGUUCCUCAAACCAUUCAAGAAGCAUCUCUAACAUCUUAUCAACCAACUUUAGUUAUCGAUGACAUUAAAGAUAACAAAAAUUCAACAUUUGAAAAGAAUCAUGCUUACAGUCUAGUAGAUUUUGAAGCUUUUCAAAAAAUGCCGCUGAAUAAUUUGUCAAAUCGUUCUGCUCAUUGGGAUCCAAAAGUUUUCAGGAAAAUUGCCCAGCUCAUUGAUCCGCCCAAAACGCCUAACGAGACUCCACCCCAGAGUCAUAAUAAUAGUCGUCCAAACUCGCCAGAAGAGAAAAAACUUGAAAAUGAAUUUAAGUCACUCAUUGAAGAAGCAAUGCAUAAUGGAAUACGUGACAAUAAUGAUGAGCUUAUGCACGUAGAAGGAUUAGAAAAGACUCUGACAUCAAUUCAUCAACUGAAUCCUGAAGAGUUUUCUGGUUGCGGUAAUGCUUACCCAUCAUUGGAAGCAAUAGAGUCAUUCAAUACUGAAGAUGUUGCAGCAAUUAGUACAGAUGAUGCUACAGGUCCUAUUUAUAAUUAUGAAUGGGUUGAUGAAAUUAUGCAAACCUUAAAUGUUUCGCCUGAUAUUUCAAACGCUUUUCACGAAAUUGCCGCUAAUAUAAAUAAUCAGGACUUGGAGCAAUAUGCUAAUUUCUUCGGUUUGAACUCUAUCUGCAAAUCAAAAUGGUCUACACCACAUUGGCCAUCACAUCAAAUAACAUCGCAGAGUACAUCGCCGACAAAUGAGCAAGAAGAAAAUCUUAUUAUUCAUAAUGAAGGAGAUCAUAUGGAUGGAAAGCAGGACGAUCAAAAUUUAUUGAUGAUUGAUCAGACUGGAUAUACACCUCAAUUUACUGUUGAACAAUUGCAGUUAUUGUCACAACUUCAGCAACAGCAUCCUCUCCUUCAAAUCGAUCCACAGACUGCUCAAAAUAUACUCAUGCCCUCGGGAACCGGAUUUCAAAUGUCACCUUCUAAUAUUAUGACUGGUCAACAGAAAGGUGUUCCAGAUACUCAACAGACUAAAUUUGUAUUUAAUGUAGAUGGAGAGAAAACAUCACAAUCCCUUCAACUCCUAUUUCAACUUCCAAAUGAUAGUCAGCAGCAGCAAAAUCAACAACUGCAGCAGCCAUCAGUGACAAUGAAAACGCCGAAUUUAAAUCAAAAAGUUCAACAAAAUGUUGCACAAACUCAAACAAUGCCAAUAAAUGCAAGCACUGCGCAGCCCAUCCAACUUCCACAAAUGUUAAACCACCAACAGAGUUUCCUCAAUUUCCAAUUGCAACAGCAACAUCAAAAUUUACAACCUGACAUUCAAAAUGCAAUAAGUAAUAUGCAGCAGCAGCAGCAGCAGCAACAACAACAACAACAACAGCAGCAAAAAAUUCAGCCAAUAAUGAAUAAAGCAAAUUAUCAGCAAGUUGCUACACAGACCCAAAUUGUAGGCACUCAAACCCAAUCGCAUGCACAUUCGAUCGAUAUUCAACCGCACCCUACACAAACAGUAAGUAAAACUACAAAUGCACAAUCGAGUGUAUGUGGAAAGAAACCGAAUAUCUCAAAUGAUCAGAAAAGAAAGGAAAAGUCACGCUAUGCAUUAAGGCAAGCGGCAUCAAAUCAAAAUCAAUUUCAGUAUGAUCAACAAUUACAGUAUGCCAAUAUUCCUAGUACGACAGGAGUAACUGAUCGUUCUAUAGAAAUUGACUCUGAAACAGAUUCUAAUCAUGAUACAGCAUUAACACUUGCGUGCGCUGGUGGACAUGAAGAAUUGGUUGAACUUUUAUUAAGUAGAAAGGCUAAUAUUGAGCAUCGUGACAAAAAAGGAUUUACACCAUUGAUCUUAGCAGCAACAGCUGGUCAUGAAAAAGUCGUAGAGACUCUAAUAAACAAUGGAGCAGAUCUAGAGGCACAAUCUGAGAGGACUAAAGAUACACCGUUAUCACUCGCUUGUUCCGGCGGUCGUUAUGAAGUUGUUGAAUUGCUGUUACGAUUUGGUGCCAAUAAGGAGCAUAGAAAUGUAUCCGAUUAUACUCCACUGUCAUUAGCUGCAAGUGGUGGCUACGUUAAUAUUAUAAAAUUAUUAUUAAAUCAUGGUGCUGAGAUCAAUUCAAGGACUGGCAGCAAGUUAGGAAUUUCUCCCUUAAUGCUGGCUGCAAUGAAUGGACAUACAGCAGCCGUUCGACUUCUAUUAGAUAUGGGAAGUGAUAUAAAUGCGCAAAUCGAAACAAACCGCAAUACUGCUCUGACACUUGCAUGCUUUCAAGGUCGUCAUGAGGUAGUCAGUCUUUUGUUAGACCGCAAAGCUAAUGUUGAACAUCGUGCCAAGACAGGACUUACACCUCUAAUGGAAGCUGCAAGUGGAGGAUAUAUUGAAGUAGGAAGGGUGCUUUUGGACAAAGGUGCUGAUGUAAAUGCAGCUCCAGUGCCAUCCUCAAGAGAUACAGCGCUAACAAUCGCUGCCGACAAAGGACAUUUGAAGUUUGUCGAAUUACUUUUAGCACGAGGUGCUGCAGUAGAAGUUAAAAACAAGAAAGGAAAUUCACCAUUAUGGCUAGCAGCUAACGGUGGACACCUUGGAGUCGUUGAAGCACUUUAUCAUGCAAAAGCAGAUAUUGAUUCACAAGAUAAUCGAAAAGUGUCAUGUUUAAUGGCUGCUUUUCGUAAAGGUCAUGUGAAAGUUGUAAAAUGGAUGGUAAAUCAUGUUUCACAAUUUCCAUCAGAUCAAGAAAUGACACGAUACAUUACUGUUGUUGACAAAGAAGUGGUUGAUAAGUGUCAUGAAUGUGUUAAGAUAAUACGUGCUGCAAAAGAGACACAAGCAGCAAAGGCAAACAUAAAUGCAUCCAUUUUACUCAAAGAGCUAGACAUGGAAAAGUCAAGAGAAGAUGCACGCAAAGCAGCUGCAGCAAAGAGACGUGAGAGAAAGAAACGUCGUAAGCAAGAGAAAAGAGAAGCACAGAGAAAGGCGAAUGGUGAAACAAAUGUUCAAGCUAAGAAUAAUUCCAGUAAUCAGAAGAAUAAGAAUAAUAAUAAACAAGAAGAAAGUGAAGACGAAUCAGAAGAGAUAGACUCCAAUGAUGAAGAUAAUGAAAAUGAUUUAGUUCCUGACAAAGAAGAAGGCGGAGAUUCUGGUAUUGAUCAAGGUUCCUGUUCAUCAACGGAAGCAAAAGCCAACAUAUUGGCUACUCAUCAAGAAGUACCAGAAGAACAGCCUCCGAAAAAUGCACAGAAAAAUAAGAAUAGAAAGAAAAAUCAGCAGGAAACACCAAAAGUUAAUAAUAAUACUAAUAAUAAUAAUAAUAACAUUUCUACGACAACAGUGAAUAGCAGCAAGAUUUCAAACAGAUCGAUUAGUCCUCUCCCAACAACAAGUACUAAAAUCUCUGAAACUCCUAAUAAAAUCCUUUCACGUGAAAUUGAAACGAAGAAGAAUCGAGACCAAAAGAAUCAACAGCAAAAAAUAACCGAAAGCGAAAACAAAAAUUUAAAACCAAUCGAAAAGGAAAAUGUUCCAAUUAAUAAAGCAAGAGAUAAUAAGAACGCAGAAAAUAUUAGAAAUCACCAUAAGAAAUCUUUAGUUUUCGGCAAUUCAAGAUCAAGUGAUGAUUAUGAUGUCGAUUUUUCAAAAUCUAGUACAUUUACUCAAUCGUCAUUAAAAACCAACAAAUCAACAACAUCACCUUCCAAACCAGCAACUACAUCAUCUUCAACAACGUAUUCAAAUAUUUCAGCAUCAAAAUCUCAAUUUAAAGGAGACGAUGAAUGGAAAGAAGUCGGAAGAAAGCCAACAACAACUCCUAAUGUGGCACCAUCAAAUCCAUCAGCUAAUGAAAUUGGAUAUAAAAAGAUUCAAGUACCAUUAAAUGCUAUAUCAAGAGUAAUUGGUAGACAAGGUUCGAACAUCAAUGCUAUAAGAGCCGCUACUGGCGCACAUAUUGAAGUUGAGAAACAAGGAAAAACGCAAGGUGAUCGUUCAAUAACGAUUAAAGGUGUUCCUGAGGCUACAAAGCAGGCUCAUAACUUAAUAUCAGCUCUCGUCAAAGAUCCUGAUGCUGAUAUUUUGAGUAUGCUUCCAAGAAAUAACUUCCAACCUGUAAGAUCAUCUUCGAGUACUAACAUUAUAUCGCCAUCAUCAACAGCAGCAAUAAAUAAUGGAACGAGUGUUUGGGAAAAAAGUUUGAACACUAUCCCAACGGUCACAAAUCCAGUUAAGCCAGCUUCAUAUGCUGCGCCAUUGAAAACUGCAACUCCACCAACAACAACAAGUGGUAAAUCAAUCACACCUACGCAACUUACUAAAAGUAAUCAAAGAUCAGUAGCAAAGAAUCUUUUCACUGGAAGCAAUAUUAUCCGACCAACACCAACAUCAAAUGCAAAAAUACUUAUGCAAGAUGGUGCUAAGAAGGGCAUUAUUGCAACAAAUGGACCACCCUCGAAACCAGCAAACAGUUCGAAUUCUCAGUCAUCAACAAGUGGUACAUUUGCUUCCAAAUUGAACAGUACGGGUGAUAUGACUAUGGCAAGCGAAAAGAAAAAUAUGUCACAAAUUAAUCAAUCUCCAAUGAAACAAAUAUUUACAUCGUCAAAUGUUUCAACAUCUCUACCAAACCCUUUCUCAAAUACUUCAAAUGUAUCAACGGAAAGUAAUUUACAAUUGCAGCAAGCUCAGCCAAUUGCUAGUUCAAAUACAUCCAAUAUGACUCGAUCUAUCACACCGAUUGGCCCACCAACGAGAAAUUCAAAUGCAUCACCACACACUUCGCAUAUAGUUAACACAUUGGACUUAAGUACGCCAUACAACAAUCCAAUUUCAUCAUCACAUCCUGUAGGAAAUGAUUUGACAACACAAAUUCAAUCAAAACUUGGUGAAUUACAUGUUAGUGCACAAGGAUUGGAAUAUUCAUUAUUCGAUAAUUGUAAGACUUGGUCACAAGAACAAUCUGUGGCUUUUAACGAGCAGUUAAGUGCAACAUUUAUAGAACCUCCAGCUCCAAUUAUUUUUGAUGCAUCAAAAGCACCAGGAUAUCGUGGAAAUGCUUCAAUUAAUUCUCCAGUAAGUUCGAAAACUUCAAGUAAUUCAGCUACACCACCAUCAACAGUUUUAGCCACUCAAGCUCCAACAAAUGCUUCUAAUAAUGUGUCACAGUCAAGCGGUGCAUAUGGUGAUAUGAACUCUAUCAAACCUAUUGGUUCAGGAAUGCAACAGCAGCAACAACAGCAACCGAUAGGACCUGUUCAAAGACCAAACAUGAUGAACAAUACAAGUAGAAUUGAUUCUAGCGUAUCAAAUGUGUAUGGUAGAUCAAGUGGAACAAUGUUCGAUAGAUAUAUGCCAAACGAAUCGUCUUAUGGAUCAAUGAACUUUAUGAAUCCUGCCUCAAUGUCUCGCUUAAAUCCAAAAGCUUCUGCUUUCUCAACUAGUAAUCUUCAAAAUAAAAUGAAUUCAAAUCAGUAUGAUACAGCAUCAGCAAGUACUGCUAACACAAAUACCAACAAUAAUAAUGGCAAUUCAAAUAAUAACAAUUAUAUGAAGUCACAGACGAGUAACAUGUCUGGACAUCAAAAUUAUCAUCGUACUUCUAUGAAUAAUCAACCUUCAAGAUGGCUCGGUGAUUUAGGACAUUCAUUUGUUGGUCAAACAAUGGAUUAUAUGGCAGCCGGAUCGUCUCCAAAUAUGUCACCCAAUAAUAAUAACAACAAUAACAACAAUACAAUUAAUGGCCCAAAUGCUACAAACGUUAUAGACGAUUCAAGAAAGGCACCAAGACCGAUCGGAACUGAACGUCAUAACUUAAAAUAUAAUUGCUUCCAAUAUCCGAUGAAUCAAGCGCCACCACCGAAUAAUGUUAUGGACUUAGAUAGUCAAAUGCUAGGUCAAAUCGGACCCAAUUCAUGGUUGGACAAAAAUCAACAUCAAUGGCAAGCCCCGUCUAAUGUAGCUGUAAUUCGAAAUCCAUAUGAAACUACAGCUGACUACAUGAUGCCAGAUCUAUUUCAACAACAAUAUACUAUGGAUCAGCAAAUGGGAUAUACACGAAAUGGAGCGCAAGGUCCUAAUAAUCAUCCUUACCAUACAAAUGUAUAUAUGAAUGAUUUGUCAAAUCUCACUACAAACGAUUUGCAACAAUCUUCAUAUGAAAAGCAGCAGCCAUGGACAGCAAAGUGGACACAUUAAAUUGAUGAUAUUGGAAAAUUUCUUCUUGAUUAAAAAUUCGAUAAUCCUUUUUAAUAAUUUUAGUUUGAUGACAUUUUUGAAUCAUAUAAUUCGUCUUAAGGACUGCAUUAAGCAUUGUAUUUCUAUUACUUUUCUCUUUUUCUUAUUAAAAACAUUCAUAUAAAAUGAAAUCAAUUCAACAAGACAGAAUACAACGAUAAACAUCAUAAGUUUUUUUUUCUUAUUUGUUACUAUUCUAAGAUUUUCUUUCCCUAUAUUUUGACAAUAUUGACUUAUUUAAACAAGAAGAAUAAUUCAAAAGGAAGUUAAUACCGAAAACUAAAUCGAAAUGGGCGAAUAAUUAUAAGAAAAAUGAAUAAGUUACUUGGAGACAUGUAGCACUAUUGUUUUGGAAAAGAAAUGUUUUUAAAAACAUUAGUGCAUUUUACGCAUUCUAAUUAUAAUCCUUCUUUAAAUUAGAUCAUGUUAUGCUGAGAUGUGUACGCUGAUAUCUUAUUAUUUGAUUUAAACUUUUUGUAAUCUUUAUAUUUCUAAACAUUAUAAAAUUGGAAUUGAUUCCGCAAACAGAAUUAGAUGGUGGAUGACAUGAAGUAAAGGAAGUAAAAAAAAAACUAAAAGUUUUGUUUUGUUAUAAGAUAUAUUUGAGAGAGUAACAUGCAAAUGGCAUGAGAUAAUUUUUGUGAAGAGAGAAAAAUUGUUUAUUUUAAAAAUUGGUAAAAAAAAUAUAUAAAAUCACUUGAUUCUUGAAAGUUGUAAGUUAUAAAAAUGCUUUGAAGAAAAAUAAAAUAAAAUUUCGUAAAAAUCAAUGCUAGAAAAUACGAAUUUUGCUAAAUAAUUCAAAACGAUGCAAGAGAAAUUGCAAUGAUAAUAUAAUAAAUUAUUAUUAUUAUUACUAUUCUUAUUAUGCAUGAUGAAAAGUAAAAAAAAAAAACAUUUAAAUCACUGGAUAAGGAUGAUGAAAAUUCUACUAUAGUAAUAUAUAAAAACUGAAUAUUAAAAGAAUAA